AUGACUAACACCAGUGAUCGGAUGGAUUUGGCUUUUGUGCUUCAAACAGGUGAGUGGAUUUCUAUGACCAGCUCCAAUCUUGCUGAUAGCAAUAGGCUUUUGGAGACCAUAAAAUCAUUUGUCCACUUUGGAGCUUUCAUUGUCACUGGUCUCUUUACCUGCCUCAUCAUAGCAACAGUGCGGAACAACCAGCAGCUGCAUCAGAACCCUCGCUACAUCCUAUUGUGUCAGCACUGCAUCUGUGUGACCGGCUUCAACAUUAUGGGCGCAGUUGUACACGCUCUUCGCAGCCUACGUUGGCCAGUCUCUCGAAUCACCUGUUGGAUCCUCUUCGACCUGCAGGUGGUGAUGGCACGAGGUUUGAUGAUCACCCUCACACUGAUGUCCAUCAGCACUUGUCUGUCCAUUUGCAUGCCACUCCGCUACCCCAUUCUGGUCCAACGCUUCUACCGCUGGUGCAUCGCCAGCGCUUUAGUAUUGCUGUUAUUGCUGGUGCUGCUUAUUAUCAUAAGCUACGUGGCGAUUUACCUGGAAGGCAGACGUGCUGGCCAUUUCACACGAUCCAACAGUAAAGGCCGCCGCACCAUUCUCAUCCACAGCCUGCAGAUGAGCCUGCACAUUCUUCCCUCUCUCAUCAUCAUUUCCCGGCAUCAGGAGGCGCUCCCCAUAGCAGUGUCGAUUUUUAUCCUCUUCAGUUUUGCACAGUCCCUGAGCCCUGUGGUGUUUGGCCUGCGCUGCAAAGAGCUCUACAAGGAUAUGCCACAAUUUCUGCCUUGCUUCUGGGGAAACUGUGGCAGCUGUGGUCACAUUGGGAGCAUAGAGAGCACCAGCACUGGGACAAUAACCAGUGCGGAGACCGCAGCCAGUAUAGAGACUAACGCCUCCACCUGUAUGGCCACCAGCACCCCAUCUGCCAUAACCACAGAGCAUGAGGGCGAGAAUAAGUUAGAAACAAGUGGGAUGAGAUGGACAACAGUGUAUCAACAGUGUUAA